ACAACUUUUCCAGAGGAACUCGCAGUACAACGCGUUCAGUCGCUUAAAGAGCUGGAAAUUAACAAAGUAGCCGCAAACACCAGCCGGAGACGUGCUUAGGAAUCAGCGGAACUAUUACAUUUUGACUUUGAGUGUAUAUAAUUUGAAGUCGUUUUCAAUUCAUAUAUUUAACUCAACAACUGGCGACUUAUUUGGAAGUUACGAUGAUGAGGAAUCUGCGGUUGUUGUUCAUCGUCGGGCUGGCGACUGGUUUUAUCAGUGAAAAGCUCUUUGUCUCCUCGCAGACGACCUUCUCCGCGACAGAUGACCUGUACCUAGAAGGCCGAUCGUCAGGUGACCUCCCUAUAGAUGACGAAGAUGGUGAUGGUGAUGAUGACGGCUCAGGCUCUGGAUCUGGAGACUAUACUUUCAGCAACUUCCCAGUUGAAGAGGAGAAACUUGGGAGUUUUCUCAACUUCUCUCACACCACUCUCUCCAAAGAAAUGGUUCCCACUGGACCACCAUCAGCAGCCUCUCCUCUCAGCCCAUCGACCACAGCAGCAACCACAGUGACGGACGCAGAGACGACGGCGUUCAUAUUGCAUAAUGGGGAAAACCCUGACGAUGAGGUUGCAGGUCCAGCAGGUGAUGGGUUCACACAGGCUACCAGUAGCAGCCCCAGCUCCACCACCAUGCCUCCCAGUGAAACUACUGCAACCAAAUUCAGCAUAGACAUCACUGUGUUCAAUGACAAGGACAACAGUCUGGAUACGUGGGAUGUCUCGACACCCAAAAACCGUGGAGAUGAAGUCCAGGUCGAAAAUGAUAUUCUGGCCGAAAAUGCCCGAGGUAACAGGAUAUAUGACAUGGGGUCUCCUGAGGAUGUGACCUCAGAGAAUAUGUGGGAAAGGACAGAAGUGCUGGCAGCGGUGAUAGCAUGUGGAGUGGUUGGAUUCCUCUUUGCUGUGUUUCUCCUCCUCUUCCUCGCCUACCGUAUGAAGAAGAAAGACGAAGGUAGCUACAACCUGGGAGACACCAAACUUUCCACUACAGCCUAUCAAAAAGCACCUACCAAAGAGUUCUACGCCUGAACUCGCCAACAGGGAAAUUAAAUGAAGUCUUUCUCCUCCCGAUCACGACUACGAAUGGAUUUAUUAACAACUGAAGACGAUUCCUCUGGCUGAAGUUUAAAGUCAAGCCCCUCUGUUCUUCUUUAAAAAAAAAAAAAACCCGAAAAGAAACGAAAAAAAGAAAGAAGAACAAAAAAACGUUCAUGCCUUCAUUCUCUGCUACAGUGUCACGUCUUUCUUUAUGAUGUUCAUUGUUUGUGAAGAAGUUAUGCAUAAAAAUACAUUCCUAUCAUUACAUUCUGGGGAAGGAGUUGGACAUUAAAUACACAUCCUACAUUUCAAGAAAGGAAUCUUUUCCAGAGUAUCAAGAUAGAUCCCAAAAUGUUCAAGUAUUGAAAACGCUGCGCUUUACGUCUCUUGAACCACACUCGGCGGGACUUGGUUCGGCAUCACUGAUCCACUGAUCCAGUGUCCCAUUUGCCCGAGCUCCAGUCAGAACUAUCCGAGCUCGGAUGAAGUUCAAAGAAAUGUAUGAAUAGCCAUAACACAUUUUAAAUACUGUUAUUUGGAAAGGUAUCAGAUAUGGGAUUAUUAUUAUUAUUAUCAAGGGCCUUGGAAAAAUGUAAACCCUUUUCCCUUUUUAUUUUAAACCAAAAUGACUCGGUAUUUUACCGUGUUACAUUUCAUUUUCUGUACGCUUUGUUUUGCUGAAUUGAAGAUUUUUGUUGAAAGAAAUCCAUGUUUUUUUCAUAUGCUGUCCAGUAUUGGUACGAAAGAUUUUGUUACCUUGUAGGUACACAUCUGUGUUGUUUUCUCACAGAUAUUUGACAUAUAAGAACUGACCAAAUAUAAAUGUGCUAUAAUUGUUUUCGUAAAGUUAUUUUUAGUAGCAUUAUGUUUAAGAGAUUUCCACAAGACUUUUAUUAUAUUCUUACAGUGGUAGCUUUGUCGGGCCCUUAACCUUGCAUCCAACAUUGGUAAAAUUGUCAGGACUAUUUAAUGACUUGGGUGCCUGUGGAGCACGGUUGCUAAAUUAGAGCCAAGAUUAAUGACUAUAAUUCAGAAACUGUAGACGUGACCAACGUUUUCUCAAGCACAUUCCUUUCUGACUGUCAAAUGUAUACAGCUAUAGCAAGCUUGAACUCAACGGGACUGGGACAAUGUACAUGACAGGACUAUCACAAAUAAGUCAUUUUUUUGCACACUUUUUAAUUUGUUAAAAUGUAAGUUAGUGUAAGCAUGUCGGAUGUAAAAACGCUCAUGACCACAUCAAACCAACCAAAGGAGCAUGGGAGUUUCCAGACGUGAGAGGCUUCAUACAGGAGGCCGUUAAACCACACGGGAGUAUUCCCUUUCCUUUUUUUUGGCCAUAAUUGUUAUUCCUAUAGAGCGUGUUAAUUAUAUGUUAGUAAAAAUAUUGGGUAAUUGUCCUAUGUAUAGUCUGUGAGAAAUGUUAACACCAGCUGUUUACUGCUUAUUAUGUGUCAAAGAAUACUUUUCACAUCAGCCUCUUAUUGAAAUGGGACAACUGUUGACGCAGCGCUAUCUGUGGCCUUACAAUCUCUGAAAAGGUCAAAUUAAAACAAUCAUUAAAAAAUUACUUUGGUUAUCCAAAUGACUGGAAUAAAUACAGGGAAGUUGGGCUGCGGUGACAUCUGUUGUGCACUGGAAUCCGUGCUUCACAGAACAUUGUCUAUUGAUUCAUGGUUGUUUUGACCUUCGAGCUGUUCCUCAACUGGAAUAUUUCUGUUCCAGUGUUUCAGAAGAAUUCGUCACCAUUCCUUACCAACGGAAAUUUCAGAGACAUGUCUGUCAUAAACGUUACUCCUUGAGGAUAGGGGCAACGGGUUAGCACUUGCAGAUGACACAUAAUAACCUCUCUCUUCCAGGAUCUCUGUAAAUGUAUACUGUAUGUUGAUGAUACUAUAGUGUAUAUGUAUUCAGGGUAAAAUGUCAAUGACAAAUUGGGAUUGUAUAGUAUUUACACAUGACCGAAACCUCUGUGUGCCUACUGCUCUGUUUUAUUUUUUUAUAUUUAUGUUUAAAGUGUAUUUGACAAGUCUUGGUUGAAUUAAUUUGUUCAGUGUCUCGCUUUAAAAAAAUAUGUUCUUUUAUAUGAAUGCAUUUAAUACAUUAUUAAAUAAUAAUAAUACAUUAUUUGUAAAUAUAUAGAAUCUUUCAUAUGCCUUUUAAUCAAACUUGAAUAUGUAUUGACUCGAGCCUUGAUUUGAACCCAUAAACACCUAAACAAUGGUGGGGACCAACACAUGAGGUGGCCAAUCGAGAAAUGUCUUGCUGAAAUAAUGUAUCUUACAAGGUUCACUACUGUAUAAAAGAUGUGGCUUUAAUGCAA